AUGGCCAUCCCUCAACCCACCCUCUCCCCCUCUCACUUCCACCGCAUAACAAACACUUCCAACCCCUCCAACCCUACCCUCGACAUCGUCAACGACCACGGCACCCAAAACAGCACCGGUCUCCUCAAACUAACCCGCGAAGGCUACUACUCAGGCCAAUUUUGGGCUUUCGUCCCCUCACCCUCAACCUCAAUCCCCAACUCCUACCGGCUCCGUACAUGGUGGCUAGGUCCAAACCGACUCCUCGACGUCUACGCAGAAGAUACUUCGAAAGCGGUGUUGAGACGGGCGGACGACACGCCGCAUGCGCUUGAUUGGAGGAUUGGCGAGUGGGACGAUGGGAACUGGUGGAUUGGGAAUGAAGCAGGUGGUGUACUGAAGGUUAUGGAUGUUGGUGGGGAGGAUGGGAGGAGGGUUGUGUUGAGGGAGAAGGAUGAAGGGGUCAAGACGCAGAGGUGGAGGAUUGAGGUUAUUAGGGAGAUUAGUGAGGACGAGUUUUAUGAUAGGCCUGCUACACCAGAGGGGGGAGAGGGCUGUGUGUGA